AUGGAUGAAAAGGAUAUUGAGACCGGUCACAGCGGAACCCUCGACCCAAAGGUCACUGGUUGUCUAAUUGUCUGCAUUGACCGUGCGACACGCCUUGUCAAAUCCUAUCUAGGCGCUGGAAAGGAGUAUGUGUGCGUGAUCCGUCUACACGAUAAAAUCCCUGGCGGCGAAGCGCAGUUUGCCCGCGCCCUCGAGACGCUGACGGGUGCACUCUUCCAACGCCCGCCCCUCAUCUCCGCUGUCAAACGACAGCUGCGUAUCCGCACGAUUCACGAGAGCAAGUUAUAUGAGUUUGACAACGACAGGCAUCUGGGUGUGUUCUGGGUGAGCUGUGAAGCGGGGACGUAUAUUCGGACGCUCUGUGUUCAUCUGGGACUGUUACUGGGUGUUGGUGCACAUAUGCAGGAGCUACGAAGGGUAAGGAGUGGAGCAAUGGAUGAGAAGGAUGGAAUGGUUACGUUACAUGAUGUGCUUGAUGCGCAAUGGAUGAUGGAUAAUAACCGUGACGAAUCGUAUCUGCGGCGGGUUAUUCGGCCGCUGGAGAGCUUGCUCACCUCGUACAAGCGCAUCGUGGUGAAGGAUAGUGCUGUCAAUGCUGUGUGCUAUGGUGCUAAGCUUAUGAUUCCUGGGUUGUUGCGAUUUGAAUCUGGAAUUGAGAUCCAUGAAGAAGUCGUCCUCAUGACCACCAAGGGUGAGGCUAUUGCCAUCGCUAUCGCACAAAUGUCCACUGUUGAGCUCUCGACCUGCGACCACGGUGUCGUGGCUAAGGUGAAGCGUUGUAUCAUGGAGCGUGAUCUCUACCCCCGCAAAUGGGGUUUGGGUCCUGUUGCUUUGGAAAAGAAAAAGCUCAAGUCUGAUGGCAAGCUUGAUAAAUACGGCCGACCGAACGAGAAAACCCCUGCAAAAUGGAAUUCUGAGUACAAAGAUUUCAACGCUCCAUUAGAUAGUGGUGCUGCAGAAGCUUCUACCGCUUCUGUUUCAACUCCCGCUCCACCAGCUGUCUCUAAGGAAGCAGCCCCAACCCCUCAAGUCAAUGGAAACGCGCCAGCUGCUGAAGAAGACGAUGAGAAGAAGCGAAAGCGACACGUGGGCGAAACUCCAGAGGAGCGAGCAGAGCGGAAACGUAGAAAGAAGGAGAAGAAGGAGAAAAAGGAAAAAAGAAAAUCGAAGCAAGCGGCAAAAAGUGACGAUGAUAGCGAGUAA